AUGCUGACCAUGAGAGCAGAGGGCAGAUUCAAUGUACAAUUCGAUCAAGCUGAUCUUGGACUGGAUCGUGAUUACUACUUGGACCGAGCAAAGUAUGGCAAAAAGAUUGAAGCUUACAAACAGUUCCUCAUAAACCAGGUGAAACUUAUUAGAGAGUACGCCAAUCGUCCAAGUAGCGAUAGAAAGAUUAAGCAAGAUGUUGACGAGAUCAUCAAAUUCGAAACGAAGAUUGCGAAGAUAAUGGUAGCUGAAGAAGAUAGGAAAACCGCACUAGAAUGUACAAUCUUCGUCGUCUCAACGAUAUGGAUAAACUGA